AGUCCGCGCCGCGCCGGGCUACCGCGAGCUCGCCUCGCGGCCAUGUGGGCGCGCGCCUUUUUCUCCGUGCUGACCGCCAUCGUCGUUAUAAACGUUGGAAAUGCCGAGAAAAGCAAAUUCUAUUACAUGGACUCCCUGUGCAAGGACCACUUCUUGCAGCGUCAGUACCGCAAGCUGGAUGGAGGGGUCCUCUGGUCGCGCAAUGAACGGAACCUCGACUGCACAGUCACGUUCCAAACGCAUAGCAUCCUGCAGCGAUUUAUGCUGCACUUCGACCUGCUGCAACUGGACUGUAACGAUCACCUCUAUGUGUAUGAUGGGGCGCACGCGACCGCGCCGCCUAAGGCGGACCUAUCCUGCCGCAACACCAAGCAGCAGGUCGGCGCGCUGUUCACGCGCAGCAACUUCGUGACACUCAAAUACGUGACGGACAACUGGGGCACAGACGCCAAUGGCUUCAAGCUGGUCAUCACGGCUGUUAAGGACCCCAUAUUCCUUCCAGAACACGGUUGCAAGGAGUUCCGAUGCAAGCAGCGGGAGUUCUGCGUGAGCGCAGACCUCACGUGUGAUGGAGUGGACCAUUGUGCGGACGGGUCGGAUGAGGACACGGCUGCGCUGUGUCCUGAGAGCGGUGGCGGCAGCGCCGGCGAGGCGUGGGUGGCGGCAGCUGCCGGCGCCGCGGCGCUGGUGCUACUGCUCGUGGUAGCGGCGCUCUGCUGCUACUGCCGGCGAAGAGCACCGAACCGCCGCACACAUUUACAUUUAGAUCAAAUGGCGAGCAGCAACGGCGCCGGCGGGAAGGGCGCGGCGCCCUGCUCGCCGGGCAGCGCCACGCGGCUGCCGGGAAACUGGGCGCACCCUGCGGGCCCGCGCGGGUACAGGGCGGCGCGCCCGGGCCGCCUGCGGGCGCGGGCGCUGCGCUGAGCGGCGCCCCGCACAAGGACGAGUGGUUCGUCUGAGGCGGCCCGGUCGGGCCCGCGGGGAGGGGGCGCCGUACCGGCCCCCUACCGCUCCCAGGACUCCGGCUGGUGAGAGUUUGUCAACUACGUCUUUGUACUACGUAUCUUGUAGUGCGUUUAGUUGUGCAAUUCUAUAUUACGUUUACCAGGUAAAGUGUUAUGCAAAAUAAGCUAAUGUAUACAGACAUAGAAUAUUCUGUGUUGUUUCUAAUGUACUAUUUGUGUUCAACUAUUUGUAUAUGAUAAUAAAUUUAAAUUAAACAUGUUGUCAGUUAAUUUUAAGCUUUAUUUUAUAAACAACUUUUGGCAUUUUGAGUUGUACCUUUAGUUUAAGCAUUUUUGUUUUGAUAUUUCUCUUUGCAUAUUGUUUGUUUAAUUUUCUUAUAUUUACACUAUUUUGUGUAAUCGUAAAAGCCCCAAUAAAUUUGUAUUAGUUUACCUAUGUAAUUCACCGCCAUAAUCCAAUUAACACAUAAUAACUUUACCAUGUAAUUUUUUUAAACUGUUAAUAAUCCAGUCUUUGUACCAAAUAUGUUAUCAUUUUCUACUAUUCAUGAGAUUUAUUCAUUGCAUUUACUGAUAAAAAGACUUAGUAUUAAAAUAUGACAAUACUCUAACCGGCCGAUCAGCAAGGCGCAUUUCCACACACGCUACACGCACACACACAUACACAUAUCUCAAAUACAAAUUAUAUCUAUACGAUUUAAAUUUUAGAUAUUUUCAAAUUCUAGCGCUGCGAUUAUAAUCGUUGGCAAUUUGAAUUCAGCGCCAUCUAUUUACGAAUAUAAUUGAAUACACGAUGAAUUGUGAGAUUUUAGAAGAGGCACCAACUUGUUAAUAGGUGUCGACGAAUACAAUUUAAAGUAAUUUUCAAAUGCGUCAUCUCAGCUUAAAAGCAGAGCGCUAGUUAUCAUCUGCGCCUCAAUUAUGUCCACGGUUUUAAUUGCGCUAGAAGUAAACUAAUAAUAUCAUAAACAGGACCAGUUAUAGCAUUAAUAAUCGAAAGCAAUUAUAUUGAAUAUUCAAUGCAAUCAUAUUCUUUUACAUCUUAAAUCUGGAAAUGUAAGAGAAUUAAGUAUUUUACAUUUCAAAUGGGAAUGAUUUAAUAAUUAUACCUACGCUUUGAAAUUAAGGACUUUAAAAUUCAUAAUAACCGUUCGCAAGAGCGUGAGUAAACAUAUCUAGAAAUUGUUUUAAAGUCUCUAAUUUCAAACAAUAAAACAGUUCUAGUGGCGUAACUAUAAUGACGGCCCAUGGCAAUUUCAUCAGAUAGGAACUUUAACGAUAAGGUUCUAGGACUUAGUUCACUAUUAAAUAUCAUUCGGCCCUUACGUUCGAGAUUUGCCUGAGAACUGCCUGGAUGUUGUUACGUAACUACUUCUAAUUCUUAGACAUAUUUAUAAUUAAGAUCGUUGUAUUAUUGUGUGCACGCAGCGUGUAUCAGGUGGGUAUCGCUUUGCCGAUGUAUUUACAUCUGAAUUGUAUAUGAGAUUUAUAUAAUAGUGUAUGACGUAUGCUCUUAUAUUUUCUACUUUAUGAUAUCUGUUGGUAGGUGGAAUGUUAUGAUGUUUCUGCGAGUAUUCGUGUGGAUUAUGGACUUACAAGAUUUUCUAAUGAUAAUAUUUGGUAAGAAUAUUCAAGUGACUCUUAUACUAUUUAUAACUAAUCGAGUAAUAUAUUGAAUUGGUGGAAAGCCUAAAUUAUACAUUUGUAAUGCAGGAACAUCCCGUAAUCUUGAACAAACUGUAGUAACUACUUUAAAAAGUUAACUAAAUAAGAAAUACCAUAACAGUCCUUCGUGAUCCAACUUAAAAUAAAACUUGUGGCGUCGUGUACAGAGUGUUAUUUCGAAUGUGAAUAUACGUGGAUACCAAUGAUUUGUAUGAUGCGCCACCCACCUGCUUGAGACAUAUCUAUGGCGAUAAUAAUUGAUAAUAAUGGAUGGAUCGCGGUCAAGUCAAGCUGCUAAACUGUGUUGCAAAUUUGUUGCCAUUCGGUCGAUGAUAUAUUUGAUAAAGGAUUGAAUUAUUACAAAGAUUGAACGUAGAAACAGAAGGAUAAUGGACCGUGUAAGGUGAAAGGAAUUAUUAUAUACAAUUUGAAGAACGUUUAAAAUGUAACAUUUAGUAUAAUGUGCAAUAAUAAUACAUAAAAUAUUUUUCAUUUAGUAUCAAUUGAUAUUUCAAUCAAUUUAAUGCACUUUUAAGUUAUAACAAUAUCGUUAUAUUACUAUCCAUUAAAGAAGGAUCAAGCAGAAUGACAUUGAUGGUUUUCAGAAUGGUUGAUGCAUAACGAAUGGUGAGUUCUCAAAAUAAAGUAUACUUAUCAAGACCGCGAUCCUGCCAAGUUCAAACAAUAAACUAUUUAUAAGAUCGGAAAGUUUUAUACGUUUCCUAAUAUUUUACAUUACAAUAUAAACAUAAUCAUGACUCAUAAUCAUAGAAUAGAAGAAUUGUAUGUAUAAAUUUAAUUUUAAUAUAGAUAAGUGUGUCCUAAAGUUUAUGAGAUGUUGACGCGUAUGUUCAUACCUUUAAAUAGUACUUGUAUAUUAUCGCGCUGAUAAUAAUCUGAUGAAUCUAUCCGAUUGUAUGUAAUGAUAAUUUUAGUGGACUUUUUUUAGAACUCGUUUAGUGGACGCGUCGCGUCAUCGUAUUUUGGUGUUAAUGCAGUGUAAAUUUAUUAUGACAUUAAACAUUUUUGGCUUAUUGUUCGU